AUGACGGUAUUUACUGCUGCAAAAUUUGAAAUUGGAGAGGGAAGAUUGGAAGGGAAAAUUGUUGGGGAGAAGAGGAAAAAGAUUGAUGAUUCAGUGGACAUGGUGGUUUCCAAGGAAGGUUUUGAUGAUGAGGAUAAACUUCUGAGGACUGUGUUUGUUGGGAAUUUAACAUUGAAGGUUAAAAAGAAGGCUCUGUUUAAGGAAUUUAGCCAAUUUGGAGAGGUUGAGUCUGUGAGGAUUCAGUCCAUUCCUCUAUUGGAUACCAAAAAACCGAGGAAGGGUGCAAUUAUCCAGAAGAAAAUAAAUGAUGCUGUUGAUAGUGUUCACGCUUACAUUGUCUUUGAAACAGAGCAAGCUGCCCAAGCUUCUUUGGCCCAUAAUAUGGCUGCGGUUGGAGGAAAUCACAUCCGUGUUGACAGGGCAUGCCCACCUCGCAAGAAACUAAAGGGAGACAAUGCUCCACUCUAUGAUAACAAGAGGAUGGUUUUUAAUGCAGGCUGCCUAUUUGCUUCUCAUGUUGCAAAAUGACACGUCUCUUCCAUAUAAGUGC